UUGUGGAGGAUGGAAAGAUUACAGGGUUAGAUAAUUUAGCGACGCCUUCGUAUUUGGUCGUCGCUUUAGCCGUCAAUGGAAGUAAAACAAAACAAAUAUGUUGUUAAAUGGGCAUUGGAUAAGUUUGUUCCAGAGGGUAUGCUUUUGUUCAGAUUGUUCUUCAUUCGAUCGAAAAUCACCAGAAUUCCGACACCAAGUGAGUUUCCUAAUAAAGUGGGUUUGGUUCCGGUUUCACAAGUGCGAGAGGAUUUGGUGAUCGCUUACAGGAAGGAAGUCGAAUGUGAGACAUACGAAAAACUACUUCCUUUCAAGAACAUGUGUGCUACGAGGAAGGAGCACCUGUAUAAAUAUAUACAAGAUACACGUUACAUCCGUGUCGAACAAGUGAUUGGAUGAAGCUACUUCUUGCUGGUAAGAGUUGAACUUAGAAAUCAUUGUACUAUUUGUGUUGUUUACU